AUGCUGAAAUUACCCCACAUUUGGGUGCGAGGGAACAUUUAUUUUUGGUACGUUGUUAUAAAGCAGCGUUGGGAUAGCUUGGAGACGAUUGUACUUACUAGGUCAAGCUCAGUUCAGAUAACUACGUCGAUAAGGGCUAUUGUAGACCGGGAACCACCGCUAGCACUCAAUCCUGCCCAUAAUUCUACUUCAGAUAUCCUUGCGUUAAAAGCCGAAAAGUACGAUAGAAUAGAAUGA